AUGGCGCCCGUCUUCACGCCGCACUGGAAGAAAGACUCCGGCCCGUUGAGCCCGACGAAUUGGAUAUUCUACGCCGUGAGCGAGAUUCACGGCCACUACCAUCCUCUCUCGGUCUGGUGCGAAGAAAAUCCCAGCGAGCUACACGCCGGACGACAGGACGACUCGUGGCGUGGUCGUGGUCUUAUUUCUUCCUACCUUCGCACCGUCUCCAUUUUCUCGAAUCCGAAUCACCGGCGCGCGAUUCAGAAUGAGCUAAACAUGGCCAAGUCAUUCUAUCAAAAUCCAGAACAUCUUCUUCAACCCACCUUCCAGUUGCCUCAUCCGUCGAAAAGCCAUCCGACGUCGACACAAGAUGACCAUUGGCAAGCAAUGCCGCCAAGUCUGGCAUAUUUUGACCAAGAACUUCCCUAUGGCAUGGUCGUCAUAGACAUUACCGAUCAGACUCGUAAGAUGGAGCUUGAGGACGAUAGACAGCGAGUGGCCCUCUCGGGUUCCGACUACAUCAUCAGGUUCGGGUACGAAGAGGCUGAAAACAUGCAAAGAUUCUACGUGACUUGUCCCGAACUACAACUUCUUGAAAAGGUGCCCGUGGUUGAUGCAUGUGUUUUCAAUGUAAUCUGGCCAAUUACACCCCGGACAUUACAUUCCGUGUUACCGAUAUAUGGCCCUUCCGCGACCGAGGUGGACGGAUCAAUUGUCCAUCUAGUAGAAUCCGCCUUGAGGAGAGACGAAGUCGAUGUGUCCCAAUUCAGCCCCAUUCGCAAUCUUGACCAUUUUCAAGAGACCCUUCGCUCAAUACUACCGGAGAUGCUGAGGCAUUCCAGUGCAUCGGGCGUGCUUGGCCAGCUACUUGGCCUCGCCUUUGAUGGCUGCGAACACUUGGACAUGGUCGACUUCAAGAGCUUAUCAGCCGAGGCUGUUGACGCAGCCCUCUCAACCAAGGAACUGAGCGGGGUCAAGGAGAUCAGUCUUUCUGCCGAGAUGCUCAAUGAAACUGGUACUAGUAACAGCACACCUACUGAUCUCGCAGAUACGGCGCAAUGCUCGAAUAUUGAGAAUAUCUACGUCAUGUGCGAGCCAGAACUGGGGCGGGACCGCAGACUUGCUAAACAACGACAAAGCGUUGAUUAUUUAGCCAAGUUACUGAGCAAGAUGGAGGAGAUUUCAGGCUCAGUCUUCCUAUCUGCAAUGUAUUCGGCCGCUAUAUGCAAGACAUUAUGGUUUCCAGAGCACUAUCAACCGUCGUACAACCGCCUAACGUCUUUUACCGCACACAGCUCAAUUCCACGACCCGGCAACAUAUGGCUUUGGGCAUUUUAG